CUGUUCCAUUGAUUCCAAAGUGAGUUAGUAGAAUUUAACAGAGCAAAAGCUUGUUUGGAGGGUUUAUUAUACAUUUUUUAAGGGCAAUGAAGUAUGGGCAUUGCCACUACCAAACUACUUACAAACACUUUUACACACUGCUCAAGGAACAUUCAAAGCAAAACAAAAAGCUCAUGUGCAUGACACGUGGAUGCAAGCUUGUACGGCUGACGUUAAUCACUUUCACUUCUUUUGUUUCUCCUUCCUCUUCUUACAACAACAAACAACAGCAAAAUCUCACUUUUCUCUUUGUUUUUAUAUUUUUUUUCCUUCUCUCAUCUCUCUCUCUCUCUCUCUCUCUGUCUCUUACAACAGGCUGAACCUCAAAAAUCUCUCAAAUGCAAGCAGCAUUUGCUUGUUGAUUUCUUGAUUUUGCCUCUGCAAUGGGAACCUGCACCUCAAAGCCUCCAAAACCAAACCCAUUUGCCUCAAGAGAGAACCAGCAGAAUGACUAUCCUGCCCCUACUCAACCACCCAAAUCCCCUCCUCCUCCUCUCCCUCCAACCACCCCUUUCCUCCCCAUCUACACCCCAAGCCCUGCCCACCCCAACAAACCCAAGACUCCUUCAACUCCUCUCCGGUUUUUCCGGAGACCCUUUCCUCCUCCUUCUCCCGCCAAGCACAUCCGGGCUGUGCUGAGGCGGCGGAAGGCCAACAAGAAACCGGAAAAUGAGGCGAAAAUUGCGGAGGAUGAGGAGGACGAGGAGGAAGGAGUUGAGUUGGAUAAAAGAUUUGGGUUUUCAAAGGAGUUGAGGAGUAGGUUGGAAGUAGGAGAGGAGGUUGGCAGAGGGCAUUUUGGGUACACUUGUUCUGCUAAGUUCAAGAAAGGUGAGUUCAAAGGCCAGCAGGUUGCUGUUAAAGUCAUCCCCAAGUCCAAGAUGACAACAGCUAUUGCAGUUGAGGAUGUGAGAAGGGAGGUGAAAAUAUUGCGAGCCUUGACGGGGCAUAACAAUCUGGUGAAAUUCUACGAUGCAUUUGAAGAUCAUGAUAAUGUCUACAUAGUAAUGGAGUUGUGUGAAGGAGGUGAGCUUUUGGAUAGAAUACUUGCAAGGGGUGGAAAAUACUCAGAAGAUGAUGCAAAGGCUGUAAUGGUACAGAUACUAAAUGUUGUUGCUUUUUGUCAUCUUCAGGGUGUUGUGCAUCGAGAUCUUAAACCAGAGAACUUUCUAUAUACAUCGAAGGAUGAGAACUCUCUGCUGAAGGCCAUAGACUUUGGGUUGUCGGAUUUUGUCAGACCAGGUUUGUGUUCUGCUCACUCAGCUUCCUCCUGCUCAGCCCUGGGGAUUCUUCUAAAUUUCUUGUGCUUUAUGGUGUUUCCAGAUGAAAGACUUAAUGACAUUGUGGGAAGUGCAUACUAUGUGGCCCCUGAAGUUCUACAUAGAUCUUAUAGUACAGAAGCUGAUGUUUGGAGCAUAGGCGUGAUAGCAUAUAUUCUUUUAUGUGGUAGUCGUCCAUUUUGGGCCAGGACUGAGUCUGGAAUCUUCCGAGCAGUCCUAAAGGCUGAUCCAAAUUUUAACGAAGUACCUUGGCCUUCCUUGUCUUCAGAAGCUAAGGACUUUGUGAAGCGCCUCUUGAAUAAAGACCCCAGGAAACGAAUGACAGCAGCUAAGGCCCUGAGUCAUCCUUGGAUCCAGAAUCAUAAUUAUGUUAAGGUCCCUCUUGAUAUUUUAAUAUUUAGGCUCAUGAAGGCAUAUAUGCGAUCGUCAACUUUGCGUAAGGCUGCUUUAAAGGCAUUGUCUAAGACAUUGACUGUGGAUGAACUCUUUUACCUGAGAGAGCAAUUUGCAUUAUUGGAGCCCAAAAAUGGUAGCAUAACCUUGGAGAACAUAAAGACGGCCCUGAUGAAAAAUGCAACAGAUGCAAUGAAGGAGUCUCACAUUCCUGAUUUUCUUUUUUCGCUAAAUACACUUCAAUACAGAAGAAUGGAUUUUGAAGAAUUUUGUGCAGCUGCAUUAAGUGUCCAUCAACUUGAGGCACUUGAUCGCUGGGAACAACAUGCCCGCUGUGCAUAUGAGCUUUUUGAGAAGGAUGGAAACAGGGCUAUUGUAAUUGAGGAACUUGCUUCUGAACUUGGUCUUGGACCCUCUAUUCCAGUUCAUGCUGUUCUUAAUGACUGGAUAAGGCAUACUGAUGGGAAGUUAAGUUUCCUUGGGUUUGUGAAAUUGUUACGUGGUCCAUCCAGUCGAGCCCUUGCAAAGGCGCAAUGAUAUCUUUAAAGGAAUUUUGGUGACUUUAGGAAGUAUUACCAUGUCAUGUUUGCUCAAGAUUCAAUGAGAUGCGGCAUCAGCAUACUGUAAUUGGAUUGAUCUUUCUAAGUUGGGAGACUCCACAGGCAUGCUUCCUGCAUCCAGCUUCAGCUCAGAUGGUGUGAGGCUUUAACUACAUGCUAAUUCUUUGAGGAGUUUGAAGUCAUGGGAUCCUUUGAAAGGCAGCAAAGAUAUCAUUGGCAUCGCAAUGUAAAAAUAUAGUUUAGCUUGCCUGAAUGGGCCAAACAUAUUUGUCUUGUUACACGUUGUGAUUAUUUAUAUAUGUUCGAUUUUUUAUUUUCCCAAUUCUAGCUUAUCCCAGACAGGGAACUAUUUGCUUUAAAGGAGGAUUUGCUUUGUUUCCAA